CGCGGGGUCAUACAGCCAUUCUCCAGUGGCGGCGUUUUUCAUUUGAAAUAAAACAAGAACUUCUUGUGGGUAACGAUUUAGAGCUGAUGUGGGAGCGGGGUGGCAAGGGAGGGCGAAGAAACAGGUGUAGUCACCAAAGAGCUAGUAUUAAUGUGUUCUGCUAUCCUGAACCCGUGCUCAUGGAAGUUCAACUCAAUCAGGUUUUCCAUUGUUGGUGGUACAGGCUACGAUAUCGCCUAUUAGCCAGAAUGAGUUCCGUAAAGAUUGACGGAUUUGACUGUGGGCCUGUGUCCAUUGUACAGAGCUCGUGA